AUGGUCGAGGAACGAUUCGAUUUCUACAUUGAUGAAGACGCAGAACUCGCCAAACCCAAGCCACUUCCUCUUCGCGAACCGCGCUUGGUGUCUCCCUCUAAAGACAUUGAAGUCCCUCGACGUCAGUCCUCAGAUUCACACCCCGCAUUCGGUCCUGAGGCAGAUCCCGAACCAGAGUCGACCUUCAAGAGCGUCAAGAAGAAGCAUGAAUCGUAUGACCUAUCAGGAAGUAUCUUCUUGAUUACCGGAGAUGGAAGGACGCUCAACUUGCCCGUGCCCUCAAACAGCAAACUGGACCCUCUGAAUUGGGGCGCUUGGAAGACAGCUGGUGCUAUUCUAGCCCUGGGAUGGUACUCCGUCGUCGUUCUCACACCGUCGCAGGCGGCUAGUCUAAUGAUGCACGGUCUUCUAGCUGACUUUAGUGAAGAGGAUAGCAAGCCAUGGACACUAGAGACUCUGAUCACAGCUCCUACGCUGUUCAUGGGCAUCGGAGCGUUCCUCUGGGUACCCCUCGGUCUUGCACUUGGACGGCGUCCGGUGUUUCUCAUCGCAUCGUUUGUUAACCUGGUCGCCAUCAUCGGAGCUGGAUACUCGCAGACGUUUCAUCAACUCCUUUUCUUCAUCUGCUUGCUCGGCAUGGGCGAAGGAUUCGCCCUUACUUCAGCAUUUCUGAUGAUCAUCGACAUGACAUUCAUCGACCAGCGACCAAAAGCCAUCGCUGCGCUCUGGUCCGUGCCAGGGUUCAUCGGCACCGGCGCCCUAUCACUCGUCCCCUAUCUAUCUAACCACGGCACGGACUGGCACAUUUUCUACCGCUGCUGGACGAUUCCGGUUGCCGUUUCCUUCUUGUUGGCAUUCUUGUUGUACCCGGAAUCCUACUUCAAGCGUCCGACGGUUGCGUUUGACGGCCUCAUCCUUCUCCAAAGCGCAACCGAGAAACUCACGAUCUACGAAGACCUCGAGGCCGACUCGGACCUCUACAAAGACCUUCCCAGUUAUCCCUUUGACUCCGAUGCCAAAGGCCUCCGUUACCGCCUCGGCCUUGCUCGCUCCCCAUUCACAUCAUGGAAAGCCAUGGGCCGAUGCUAUCUCCAGAUAGCCUUCUGCGCGAUCAAUCCACUCAUCUUCUGGGUUCUCAUCGCCUCAUCGUUCAACUUCGCGGGCAUGAUGUUCAUCGGCGCAACAUACGGCCGCAUCCUCGGCUCUGCGCCCUACAACCUCCCCUCCUGGCUGAUCAUCCAAGUCAACAACUCCUCCGCCAUGGGCAGCCUCCUCGCUUUUCCCUUCGUCGGCUUCGCCAUGUGUAAGCUGCUGACGCGCCUGUCGAAGCGCAACCGCGGUGUGCGAGAAGCAGAGCACUACCUCUUCGCGUACAUCUUUCCCGUCAUCACCGGCGCGCUGAGCACACUGCUCUACGGCCUUGCGGUCCAGCGCCACUGGCAUUUCGCCACGUACUAUUUAGCGUAUGGCCUGAACGGGUUCUCGUGGGUGACGCUGUCGAUUGCGAAUACGCUGUGGGUAACGGAAGCGUUUCCGCGGUGGGCUGCUCCGGCGCUUGUCGUCGUUGGUGGAGGCUGCUACCUGCUGAGCUUCUCGAUCAGCUUUGCGCUCGUGCCUUGGAUUGCGGCACAUGGGUAUAUGCUGGUUGGCAUUGAGCUGGCGGUUUUGCAGGUUGUGGGUGGGUUGAUCGCGGUGCCGAUUGCUUUUUGGGGGAAGAGCGCGAGGCAGAGGAUUCAUGGGAGGUGGGGGGACGAGCGGGGUGGCGCGUUGAGACCGCUGUAG